UUUCUUGAAGGCGUGCGACGACGGCACUUAUAAUGUCUGACUCAUCGGCCAAUAAGAAAUGUGAAAGUUGCACAGUUGUAAAGUAACUGUUCAUGAUUCUGUUUUUUUUAUGUAACUAAGACAAUGACAACAAUCGGUGAAACAGGCGCCGAAACAAGAGAGGAUAUACCAUUAAAAUCUGGCACAAAAUCAACAAGUUUGUGUAUUUGCAAUGAAGACUGCUUAGGUGGAUCAAGAUUCAUUAAUAUUUCAUUUGGAACUUUAACAUUUGUUAUUACUAUUGCACUUGUUGUGCAAAUUUACUAUGGUGACUAUCAGGUGAUUCCUCAUGGCAGUGUAGCAACAGACAAUUUUAAUUGCUCAAAAAUUGGCACCUCAAUUCUUAAAGAAAAUGGUAAUGCUGUGGAUGCUGCAAUUGCUAGUGCAAUUUGUUUGGCAGUUACUAAUCCACAUGUCACAGGACUUGACGCAGAGGGCCAAAUAUUAAUUUACAAUCAUAGGUCUCGUAAUACACCAGUUAUAAUAGACUUUACUGGCACAAAUGUUGUGUCAGAGCAUUUACCUAAACUAAUUCUUGGUUUGGCAUACAUUCAUAUUGAAUAUGGCAACAUAGAAUGGAAAAAACUCAUCCAACCUUCUGUAGACAUUGCAAGAUAUGGUUUUAGAGUUCAAAAAGUGUUGUUACAAGCCAUUAAAGCAGCUAAACUGGAAGAUUUAUUUCCCAGAAUAGAAAAUGAUCAAAUAUUAGUACUUGAAGCCUUGGCAGAAACUUUGGAAAAAAUAGCAAACAUUCCUGAAUCAGAAUUGUCCUCAUAUAUCACAAUAACCAAUGAGCCAUCUCACUUUGAAGCAGUCAAAUCCACCUUCAGCAACUAUGAUGUAUUUGUACCCAACAUUCCAUCUGCAGGUCCAUCUCUCCUGGCAAAUCUAGAAAGAAUUGAAAAAUUGAAUUAUUCGAACAAUAUUAGUGCAGCAGAGUAUGUAUACAGAAUUGCUGAAUCUACAGAACAAAUUUACAGUGAAUUAAAUAUAACUUCAAAGUUUGAAGAAGGAACUUCUUCGAACAUUGCUGUUAUGGAUUUGCAUGACAAUUAUGUUUCCCUAAUUACAGGUAUGACAGCAUUGUUUGGAUCAAAAGAAUUAACAUCAGGUGGAUACUUUUUUGAUGGAAAUCUAGGACAUAAACAUGCAAGCCGUAUACCAAUAAUUCUGACUGAUGCCAAUGUGAUAUGUGGAAGGAGAAUUGUAUUUGGUGCCAAUGAUAUUUCCACAGCCACUCAACUAAUUACUUCCCUAGUAGUUUCCAAACAAAAUGCCACUGAAAGCGUCGAAGCACCUAGAUUUCAUAUUUUAUCUCAAGGAGGUUUAGGCUUAGAAGAUUUUCCAGCUCCAUCCUUCAAUGAUGAAGCCCUCAAAUAUUUAAACACAUUAUCCCAACCAAUUGUAUUACAAGAACCUUACAGUAGUAGUAAUAUUGUUGAAAAAGUGAAAGAUGAUCUUAGCUCACAUUCUGAUAGUAGAGGCGGAGGUAUUGCUAGUAGAUUUUGAGAGAGAACUAAUUAUUAAUUAGGCUGUGACUAAUACUGAAGUAUUUAUUUUUAUUUAUUGACUAAUUUAAUGCACCAAGGAUAUUUAUUAAAUCUAUUAUACUAUUUCAUACAUGUUAAUAAAUUCACUAUUUAUAAAACCA